GUAUGAAAUAUAAAGAAUUGUGUAAUGGGAGAUUUUAGCCUUAUCCCGUUUGGAUAAGGCUGAGUUUGUGGAGAGGAAAUUGUGUCGCGGGAUUCCGGAGAGCUUGUGGUUGCUGCAAAGCACAGUGAAUGUAGCUCUGUAUUGUGGAAUUUUGCAAAAGGAGGAUGGCAAUUAUCCUUGCAACAAAUAUGUGUUCCAUCACAAAUUCCAAGACGGUUGAAGGGAUCAAAAGACUUGCUAGCGAAGAUAAACUGCAAUCCAGGUCUGCACUGCCUCUUCUGGAAGCUUCAUCAAGUCGCAGGCAUCUUUUAGUCAGUGUUGGCCCUUCAUUGGCUACCUUGGCUUGUGGUUUGUCACCAUCAGUGGUAUGGGCUGAAGAGAAUUCUGGUGACAAAGAAGAAGAAGAUAAAGGGGUUAUUGGGGCUAUUAAAUCAUUAUUUGAUCCUAAUGAGAAAACAAAGUCUGGAAAGGUGUUGCCUAAGGCUUACUUAAAGUCAGCAAGAGAAGUAGUGAAAACACUGCGUGAAUCUUUAAAUGAAACCAGUGAUGACAUUGCCAAAUUUAGAAGGACUGCUGAUUCCGCAAAGGAGUCAAUUAGAGAAUAUUUGGGCAGUUGGAGGGGAAAUCAGACUGUUGUGCAAGAAGAAUCAUAUGUUAUUUUGGAGAAAGUAAUAAGAUCUUUGGCAAACUUUUACUCGAAGGCAGGGCCAUCAGCUCCACUGUCGCAGGAAGUUAAGUCUGAAAUAUUAGAUUACCUAAAUACAGCUGAAGAAUUUUUGUAGAGAAAGUGUUAUAGAAAUAACACCCUGAGUGCUACAUGGCAUGUAGUUAAGCAAAAUUAUUCUUCAAUCAAAUUAAUUUAGUUCCAAAAAAUUGAUCCAACUUUUCUUUUUCUUCAUCUGAAUUUUGAUUGCUUGUUUUGGUUGAUGAUUAUCCUCACCUNCCCAUCUCUCUCCGGUGUCCAAAACUAGAAAAGACUGGGAAAAUUGAGUCACUUGAUACGUUGUAACGUAUUCUUCAUGUGUUACAAGCGCAAGAUACUUUUUAUCUUGUUUUUUUUCCA